AUAUUUCGAAGUGCCUAGCUUUUUCAGGAAUAUUGACUCUCUGAUGGAAUUAGGGUUUUAUGAAAUUUGAAACGGUUUAUUUCAUGAGUGAUUUACAUAUGCUUACAAAAUUCAGGGCUUCGUUGGAUUCAUCCGAAUUAGGGAUUCCAGAGGCCUUACGAUUCAGGGUUUUUAAUCUGUGCUGGAAUUCGGUGGCCUCCUUAAGAAACCGUGGAUGUUAGUCUCCUAGCUAAGAAUGUCUACGAACAAUAAUAACCCAACGAAGAAUGUUGGGGGUACUCUUUCCCCUUUUGGUAAUGCGGGGAUGGUCUCGUCACCCAUGCAGAUGAAUCACCCAGCUCAGCUUCACUCUCAGUCACAAGCUCAAACACAUGGAGGCUCACACUUCCAGGGUCAGUUCCAGUCUCCUCUCCAGUCCCAAGCCCAAGCCCAAGCCUUGGCGCAGGCUCAAGUCCAAGCUUUUGUGCAGGUUCAGUCACAAGCUCAGGCACAAGCUCAGGCACAAGCACAAGCACAAGCACAAGCACAAGCACAAGCUCAUGCAGCUCAAGCUCAAGCAGCUCAUGCCCAAUUUCAAGCCCAGUUACAAGCUCAAGCUCAAGCUCAAGCUCAGUCCCUUACCCAACCCCAAACCACUGGAAUUGGGCAUAUGAGUGCGUCAUCUCCAUCCCUUUCAACACCCAGCACAGCAAAUGCGAAGCGGGUAUUGCAGAAACCUCCAGCGCGUCCACCUGGUACUGCUACUACUAAUACUGUUUCCCCAUUCAAAACCAUGGAGCUAACCCCUGCUGCUCGUAGAAAAAAGCGAAAACUUCCUGAGAAGCAGAUACCUGAUCGAGUGGCGGCCCUUCUACCUGAGUCUUCUCUAUACACCCAGCUACUUGAGUUUGAGGCAAGGGUGGACGCUGCUCUCACAAGAAAGAAGAUUGAUAUCCAGGAAUCUCUUAAAAAUCCUCCGUGUAUUCAGAAGACUCUUCGGAUUUAUGUUUUCAACACAUAUGCCAAUCAGAGCCGCACAAUCCCUGAGAAGCAGAACUCUGAGCUGCCUUCUUGGUCGCUUAAGAUAAUUGGGAGGAUAUUGGAAGACGGUGUUGAUCCAGACCCUUCUGGUGUGAUCCAGAAACCAAGCGCAUCGUACCCCAAGUUCUCUUCCUUUUUCAAGAGAAUUACCAUCAACUUGGACCCAAGCCUAUAUCCGGAGAACCCAACCAUUAUAUGGGAGAAUGCUCGAUCUCCUGCACCACAUGAAGGCUUUGAGGUGAGAAGGAAAGGGGACAAGGAAUUUACUGUGAAUAUACGGCUAGAAAUGAAUUAUGUUCCUGAGAAAUUUAAGCUUUCACCUGCUUUGAUGGAACUUCUGGGCAUUGAGGUUGAUACACGCCCGAGAAUUAUAGGCGCAAUUUGGCAUUAUGUGAAGGCUAGAAAGCUGCAGAACCCAAAUGACCCUUCUUUCUUUGCUUGUGACCCACCUCUUCGAAAAGUUUUUGGGGAGGAGAAGAUGAAAUUUUCCAUGGUUUCACAGAAGAUAUCUCAUCAUCUUUCCUCCCCUCAGCCUAUUCAUCUCGAGCAUAAGAUCAGGCUAUCUGGUCCCAGCCCAGCUGGGAAUGCUUGCUUUGAUGUAUUGGUCGAUGUUCCCUUUCCAUUACAGAAAGAGAUGUCUGCAUUCUUGGCCAACAUAGAGAAGCACAAAGAGGUUGAUGCUUGUGAUGAAGCUAUUUGUGCUGCUAUUAAGAAGAUCCAUGAGCAUCGUAAGAGGCGAGCAUUCUUUCUUGGGUUUAGUCAAUCUCCUGUGGAGUUCAUUAAUGCGUUAAUUGCCUCACAAAGCAGAGACUUGAAGCUUGUUGCUGGGGAAGCUAGUCGUAAUGCUGAAAAGGAGCGUCGGUCUGACUUCUACAACCAACCAUGGGUUGAAGAUGCUGUUAUUCGUUAUCUGAACAGAAAGCCAGCUGCCGGAAGUGAUGCUCCUGGAAGCACUUGAAUUGGUAUUGUUUAAUUGCAAAUUGGAAUCACUGCUUAUUCUGACAUCCUAUUGUUGAUACUUUUGCCUCCAUUGUGGGAAAGAUGAUUGCUGCUUCAUCAGUUGAGGAAUGUUGGACAUUUUUGGGAAAAAAAAAUUUACAACUUGCCAAUCUGAGCUUCAUUUUUCCCCUGCC